AUGUUGAGAGAAGUAAAAGCCAAGAACCCGCGCACUGCGCCGCUGGACACCGUGCUGAAGACCUUCCACGCUUUGACGAAGCCUCACAACAUUCUUUUCCACAAGAAGAACGAGAACUUGCACCCAUAUGAGAACUCAGAGAGCCUGGAAUUCCUCGCGAACAAGAACGAGUGUGGACUCGUAGCAUUCGGAAGCCACAACAAAAAGCGACCCAACUGCGUUUCAUUGGCUCGUAUUUACAACUCAGAGUUGCUCGACCUCGUCGAGCUAAUGCUGCUUCCCCCGAGAGAUGGCGAGACCAUCCCGCCCAUCAACGAACUUGUCAUGGACGUCGGUCUUGGCCUGCGCCCUAUGAUGCUGUUCACUGGUUCCCCCUGGGAUGACCCUACAUCUACUGCGCACACCAUCCUCAAGAGCACUCUUCUUGACAUGUUCAAGGGUGAAGAGACGACCCAGGUCGAUGUUGAGGGUCUGCAGUACGUCAUGAUGGUCGGUGCUGAGGAGCCCCAGGAUGGCCUCUCACCGGUCAUCCACAUGCGCUGGUACAGAGUCAUCACCAAGCGCAGCGGUCACAAGCUUCCCCGUGUGGAGUUGCAGGAGGUUGGUCCCAAGUUCGACUUCAAGGUCGGUCGCACACGCCAGGCUGCUCCUGAGGUGCAGAAGGAGUCCAUGAAGCAGGGCAAGCGUCCCAACGAGGAAGCCCGCACCAAGAAGAACGUCAUUAUGGACUCUAUGGGUGAUAAGAUUGGUCGUGUUCACCUCGGCAAGCAGGAUCUUUCUGACCUGCAGACCCGUAAGAUGAAGGGUCUCAAGCGUCGCGCGGGUAUGGAAUCUUCCGACGAGGAGGACGAGCCAUCUGCGGACAUGAUGGAGGUGGAUGAGGUCUCUUCUGAUGAGGAAGUGGAGGAGAGCCACAAGAAGGCACGGAAAAACUAA